AGUGCGCGCCCGUGUUAUUAUGGGAAUUAAACCUGUCCAGGCUGAAGUUAUUGAUUAUUUUAUUUUAACAAACAUCUUAUCGUCUACCGUGAGAUCAUUUCAAGGCACCAUGAAUCUCUCAGCACUUGCUCCGGUGGUAGCCCUCCUUCACUGACCUCACCUCCUCCUCCUCCCCAUCUCUUCCUCCACCUUUCCCUCUCUCAUCCACUCCUCUUCUUCCACACCCCAUCUCUUAAUACCCCGUGUCAGUGACCCAGGGUGACUACUCUGCACCUCCUACUGUACAUCAUGGCAGGGGAGAAAGGUCCCACUAAGCGAAGUGCCAUGGACAUCAAGCGCCUGGCGAGCCUCAUCCAGAGAGGAACGGGCCGUUUGCUGGUGAUUGACAGCAGGACGUUUUCCGAGUACAAUGCGUCGCAUGUGCAGGGUGCGGUCAACGUCUGCUGCUCCAAGCUGGUGAAGAGGCGACUGCAGCAGGACAAGGUGUCCGUCACUGAGCUGCUGCAACCUAAUGGCAAAGUGAAGGUGGAGCUGGGCAGGAAGCAGGAAGUGGUGGUUUACGACCAGAGUUCCAAAGAGGCGGGUCAUCUAUCCAAAGACGGCUUCAUGCACAUUCUCAUGGGAAAACUGGAGGGCACCUUCCACAAAGUCUCCCUGCUCACAGGAGGCUUUGCUGCUUUCUCCUCCUGUUUCCCCGGCCUGUGUGAAGGGAAACCUGCCACUGCUCUGCCUAUGAGCUUGUCCCAGCCCUGCUUGCCUGUGGCUAAUGUAGGGCCCACUCGCAUCCUGCCACUAUACCUGGGCUCACAGAAGGAUGUCCUCAACAAGGAUCUUAUGGCUCAGAAUGGUAUCACCUAUGUGUUGAAUGCCAGCAACACCUGCCCCAAGCCAGACUUUAUCAGCGAGAGCCACUUUAUGCGCAUCCCAGUCAACGACACUUACUGCGAGAAAUUGCUCCCCUGGCUGGACAAAACUAAUGAAUUCAUAGACAAAGCUAAGGUGUCAAACUGCAGAGUCAUUGUGCACUGCCUGGCUGGAAUCUCGCGCUCAGCAACCAUCGCCAUCGCAUACAUCAUGAAGACAAUGGGCUUGUCAUCAGAUGAUGCCUACAGGUUUGUAAAGGACCGAAGACCGUCCAUAUCCCCCAACUUCAACUUCCUGGGUCAGCUCCUGGAGUUUGAGAAGGGCCUGCGAUUACUGCAAGCUUUAACUUCAACUGCUGAUGACAAGAUCUCUGAAAACAACACUAAGCAGACCUUAGAGGUUAACGGAGGUUUCGAGAUGAACGGUCACCACAGCAACUAUGACUCAUCUGUUGCAGACCAACACAUCCCACCAGAACCCAAGCUGCCGUCACCAACUUCCCUCCAGCAAGGCUUCAACGGCCUUCACCUCUCCGCAGAGAGGAUCAUGGACACUAACCGGCUUAAACGCUCCUUCUCCCUGGACAUUAAGUCGGUCUACUCCCCUAACAGUCCCCCUUGUCCCAGUCUGGCACCCACACACUCUGAAGACGUCCCCAAACUGUGCAAGCUUGACAGCCCAGGAACAGGCACCUCCAAUGGUGUCUGCUCUCAGUCUCCCGUCCUAGAUAGCCCCAGCUCCUCAGAUUCGCCGUUCCCCUCACCGGGCAGCGGGGGCAGCAUUGGAGGUUUGGGGUUUAGAGGAAGUGAAGGAGUCCAUCGGUCUGCUUCUUCCUCAUCCAGACCCAGGAGAAAACCCAAGCAUUGCUCCGGCAGUUCCCCAAUACACUCCCAACCACACCAACCUCCGCAGUCCCUCAGCUUGUCGCUGGACCACAAGAGCCCCAGCCCGGACGAGAACCUAAAGGGCUCCUUGCUCUUGUCACUACCCUCUCUGCCCACUGUGGGGUCUGGGGCCAUGUGGACCAAACAUAGAGACACUGUCCAGGCCACCACUCCCGUCACUCCCGUCACCCCCACCACAGAUGCCCCCUGGCACUUUGGGGCUGUGGAGGCCGGUGAGGGAGAGAUGGAGCUGGGGGGAGGCGGGGAUGGAGGGGGAGAGGAGUCAUCGGUGAGGUUCGGGAGCAGCUCGGCAUAUGUGGCGUUUGGGUGCAGCGAAGGUGUGCGGUUACGAGACAAAUCCCAGAGGGAGAAGUCCUCAGCACCGCAGACACAGUCGUCCACAGUGACCAAGUCCAACAGUGCGAACAACAGCGGGUCAGCGUCGGAGAAGCAGUUCAAACGGCGCAGCUGUCAGAUGGAGUUCGAGGAGGGCAUUUCCGAAACGCGAUCCAGAGAAGAACUGGGGAAAAUUGGGAAGCAGUCGAGCUUCUCUGGGAGCAUGGAGAUCAUCGAGGUAUCCUGACAGAUAAUGGACAUGAUCAGGGCUGUCCCUUGGGGGCACAAAUGGACCUGGUUAGAGGGAGUGCAGGAGGACAUCUGAUGAGUGUGAGGCUCUUUUGUGCUCCCCUCACAGAAAGUGUUAAAGACUCCAACUGAGAGAAGGACGAAUACAAGCAGAGAGUUAAUGUGAAAAAGGUUAGCAUGCGAACUAGCAUUCGCACCUGGACAGACAGAGCCUGUGAUGUGGUGCUUAGCCAUCCUGAACUCUCAUACAAAUCUGGAUAAAAGUCUUGAGGAGGGUGGUGUAAAGGGGGGUGACUGUAGGUACUGAAACUCUUAAUUCUUUUGAGCUCUGUCACAGAUAAAAAGAAACGGCCCAGGACAAGUAUCAUGUUGCAUCCUUACUAUAUAGAAUAUCCCUAUUUUACAGAGUUCAGACACAAACUGCUUGCCUGCGGUCAAAUGUAGUGUGCUUCAGUGGGUGUAUAGCUUGUGAUUUGAACCAAGCCCCGUGUUUCCUCCCAAAGCUUCACCCCAGUGUCAGAAAGCCUCAGAACCUCGCACGGCUACGUCCGCCUCCCCCUGUCCUCUUCCCAGUGGCUCUGCCUGCUACGGAUUCUGCAUAGCAACAUCAGACAACAAUAACAGACUCCUUAACAGCACCGUCUCCUCACAUCACCACAGCACAAGGCAGAGAGAUCCCAAGGACUUAAUCUAACGGCGGUACUGUCCAAACAAUGAAGGAUCCUCAGCAUUUUGCUGCUGAAAAGACUUUUGAAGACUUGUAGACCCCCAUUAAAGCACAGUGUGUCCUUCCUGACUUUGGCUUCCUUGUUUCCAGUGUUAACAGCGUGAUGAGGUUUCGGGAUGGCGGCGAGGGUUCCCUUUAACGGCCCUUCAGCUCCUUUAUAGACUCCCCCCAACUCCCUCCCACUGCUCCCAGUCACCAUCUAUGGUCACCACUGAGCAUGCACCAGAAAGGCUGACUACAGACAGACAAAUACUAUAUAUACAAUAUGAAUAUAUAUAGCAAUUUUAAUGGACUUCUAAUGGACUUUUUUUGUUCAGUUAUAGUUUUAAUUUAUUGUAUUGGUUC